CGAAAAGAAGAACUCCAGUCGGCGUUGUAAAUACACCUGGCUGUACGGGGAUUAUCUCUCUGAAAAUAUAUAACAAAGCGCUGGCUUUUUGAGGACAUAGACCUCGGGAAAACUCCGUGAUACGGAAGAAAAUAAACUCGGAUAUCUUCAUGAAUAUGUUUGACCUGAAGUGUGACAGCUCGUCAGAUGAGGAGGGAGAAGAAAUGGAUGGAGGAGAUCCCACUUUAGCAGCGCAAAUAUCCAGGUGUGCAAACAUCUCUUCGGCAGAUUUAGACGAGCUGGAGAACAGCCGAAACGAAUCGAGUACUGUCAAACAAACAGUGUGGGCGGUGAACUGUUUUAAAGCGUGGAUACGUGAGAAACAAAUCAACAUCGACUUUAAAACCAUCGAAAAAUCAGACCUGGCCCAAGUGCUGCGGGAAUUUUAUGGAUCCAUUCGGACAAGUAAAGGAGAACUGUACGGUAUCAGCAGCUAUGUCGUGCUUCGGGCUGCAUUAAAUCGUUUUUUUAACGACCCUCCUCUUCACCGUGGCUGGAAUUUGAUGCAGGACGCUGAAUUCAGACCCGCCAAUAAUGUUUUCAAAGGUAUCGUUAAACACAUCCGACGAUCGGGUCAAGAUGUAAAAAUACACUAUCCCACGAUCUCACCCGAAGACCUGGAUAUAUUAAAACACUCUUCUGCACUAGACCCUGGCAACCCCAGAGGUUUAUUAAAUAAGGUCUGGUUUGACAUCCAGUUACAUUUUGGACUCCGGGGAAAAGAGGGCAAUCGACACCUGCGGCCAGACUCGAUGACACUUAAACGUGACCUAAAUGGUUUAAAAUAUUUCACUAUGGUAUUACAGGAUGUGUUUCGUGAAUCAAAGAACCCAAUUAAACGGGACAAGGACAAGAAGGGGGCCGCUAUGUAUGAAGAGCCUGGCAACCCACUCUGUCCCGUCGCCUCUUUGGAGAAAUAUUUAAGCAAAAUCCCCCCGGACGCAAAGGCGCUCUACCUGCAGCCCAAAAGAACGCAUGUGUUCAACGAUGAGUUCUGGUAUACAGCUCUACCUUUGGGAGUUAAUAAUCUGUCUCAAAUGCUGCCCAAAAUAUGCAGAGAGGCCGGGACGCAGACCACAUACACUAACCACAGUCUGAGGCUCACUGCGCUUCAAAAACUGACUGAAUCCAGACAGAUCAUGACUGUGUGUGUGCACAGUGGCCAUAUUGAGACGAACCCUCAGUUGCAGCAGGAAUCUGCUCCAUAUUCAGCCAGCAGUGAGAUUGACUCCAGCUCUGUGACACAGGAGAGUCUCGUGAGCAGCCACGGCUGGUUAAAAAAAGAACCAGAAAAUGAAAUAAUUGAGUGGGAAAAUAUAAACUCGGAGGCCGCCGUUGAUGCUGAGCAGGACAACACAAGCAAUGCCAUCUCCACAGCAACGACCCCGAUGGAGGGUUUACCCCCCAGUGUGAUGCUGACCAUCACCAAACUUCAGUGUCUUGUGGAGAGCAAACAGCAGAAGAUUGAAGCACUGGAGAAACAAGUGCAGGACCUACAGGAGGAUCGCAAGUUCCUCCGCACACAGAUCGAGAACCUCACCAGCGCUCGUGUGGUUCAAGUACCAGAAGCGAGCACUUCAGUGUUUUCACGGCCCAGGUCACAUAAGAGACGGCAGAAAAGCAUGUCUAACCCAUGUGACAGUGAUGAGAGCUUUACCGAUGGGUCUGAGACCAGUGAUUCAUCUGAGGAGUUGAGCAACAUCAAGAAAAAAAGAGACAACAAGAAGAAACUGAAGAGAGGUUAUGUGCAGUAUGAGUAAGUACUUUCAGCCUCCAACAAGAAGAACCUGAGUGGAGUUUCUGCCCAAUUCCAGGCCAAACUUUUAUGAGUGAGCCCCCUUGUGCCCAGGGCUAAAGAGUAGGCUAUACCAUGAAGAAUCUUAGUUGGGACAACGUUCCUGGUUGUUCCUCGUUGAUGGCUGAAUUGUUUGCACCACGAACAGCAUUAUGCAGAACACCAUCGUCAACCAGGCCCUCAUCACAGAAUUGCAUCUAACAGCCGAAGAGAGAGAGUGUUCCUCUAGUGAGUCUGUGAGGAAAUGUUGGUCAGCUGUAGUUUUUUGGAUGGACAGAACAACGUUUUUAAUGUUGUUAAAAACAUUAAAAACAAUUUUAAUGGUUUAUGGGUACAAAUGAUCUCCAUAUUUUUGUAUCAGAAAAUGUAUCUUUGUUAAAAGUCAUUCUAGUCAAACAUCAGUUAAAGGAGUCAUAUGACACGGCUGAAAUGAAUAUUAUCGUUUGUUUAAGCUUUAAUGUGUAUAUACGAUUUAAGGUUCAAAAACGCUGUAUUUUCUCCACACCGGGCAUGUUUGUAUCUCCUCUUUGCCCCGCCUCUCUGAAACGUGUGGAUCUUUUACAAAGCUCAUUGCUCUGAAAAGCGAGGUGUGCUAUGAUUGGCCAGUUAACCAGUGCGUAGUGAUUAGUCGAAUACUGCAAGCGUGUGACGGAAAUGUAACGCCUCUUACCAUAUUUGGAACAUCCGGUUCUAAAGCAAUUGUGCUGACUGGUACGCCCAUCUUACUUGCGUAUACAUUUGGGCGGUCUCAGUCAAAUCAUACCAUGAACUAACGUAGAUUUGUGGGGGUGUGGUUACAAGAGGCGUUUCAGGCAGGUCUAGGGGAGCAUUCGCUUUUAGAUAGAAUGCAUCUUUUGUUCCGACACUUUAAUUUUUGCAAUUUUACGUGUCUAAUACUUGCAUGGGCAACUUAUAAAACACCAAAGACACAGAAAAAUACGUAUUCAGGCCAUAUGACCCCUUUAAGAAAUGUAAACUUUUACUUGUGUUCUGAGUGGUGUUUGCCUGUCCAAUAUGGUGGUGCUCUCAACAUGAAAAAGCCCUUAAUGGCGUUUCUAUGUAUGUCCAUGUUUACUUCCACGUGUGUUAGAAAAUAAUCUACUGUGCAUACUUUUUAUAAAAAUAAGUAAGAAGUAUACAGAUUGGUCUGUAUAGCUGUGUAACAAAAUUCUGAUGAAGCAAAUCUUGGCCGUACAGUAUAUGCUGAGAUUGCUUGGACAUCAUUUCUGACAUGUAUUUUUUUUUAUCACUACCAAGGAUGCAUGGAAUCAUUGUUUUGUUAGAUACAGAUAUUUUUGUGAUGUGUCUUAUAGUUCAUGUUCAGUUAUCGGUUUCAGUUCAAUUUAACUGCAAAAUUAACAGUUUUAUUUGUGAAAUAAUCAAUAGUCUUCCCAGAAAUGUAACUGAAUAUGCAUAUUGUUUUGGUACGUAUAGGUGUUUUUUAUUUUUCACAUUUACUGUUAGUGUGUGCUGUUCUUUCCUUUUUUUUUUAGCAGAUGUUUUAGCUCAGUGGCUAUUUGUCUGAUGUUACUCUCUGUUAGGAUCAUACACCUUUUAGUGUCCAAUACACUACAGUAUUGUGAUGUAUUUCCCAACUGAAGUACAGAAUAAAUAAAAAAAAUAGGA